CUAUAGGUGGGGUGUGGUCGAAAUGAGCUUGGCUAGAGAGGAAGGGAAGAUCGCCUACCUUUUGCACAGAAUUGUGGUUAGGAGGGAAUGAGUGGGGAGGUGCGUGGUGUUUAGAAGGUGUCCAAAGGAAGGACCUGGCUUUGUUGGAGACAAAUGGAGUGUCGAGGAGAGCCGAGGGCAGUUUGGUUUAGGAUGGAGAAAGAAGGAUUCUGCAAAAUUAAAUUGGAGAAUGUUGAUUUUGCAGUAGGCAAAGGAGGUGAGGGUAGUGGAAAAUCUAGGACCAAGCCAUGGAAGCGUAUGGCAAGGGAGCAAGGGGCUUCGGUGAAUGCAAGUGUUGGAGGUAGUCUAGAGGGUAAGAGGCAGAGUUUGAUCUUUAACGAAGAAGUGCCAGUCUUCUAGUUGGGUUUUCUUUGAGAAUGUAUCGUGGUUUUGAGGUUCCAGAAUCUCCUUAAACUACUUAUUUAGGUUUUUAAACCCACAAUAAAAUAAUAAAUCUUAGCAGAACUGAGCGGGAAUUAAUGACAGUUGUAAAAUAUUUUGGUUAUUAGACUUGUAAUUUUUGAUAUUUGCUAAUGAAGUUUCCCCUUCUAU